AUGUCUCUGUGCGGCCCACUACAGUAUGUCUUUGUGCGUGGAACACCACAAUGUGUCUGUGUGUACAGACCAUCACAGUGUGUCUCUGUGCACAUCUGCUUACAGUGUGUCUCUGUGUGCAGUCCACCACAGCGUGUCUCUGUGUGCGGCCCACCAGUGUAUCUCUUAAUUUGUUUAACUUACCUCUCUCUUUUCUCUCUCCUCACUCUUAACUUUCUUCCUCUCCCUCCCCUCUAUUUUCUUUCUUCUCUCUACUUCCAUUCUUUCUCAACCUAUUCUCUAGUCUCUCUUUCUCACUCUUCUCACUUUCUUCCUCCCUCCUUUCUCUUCUUUAAUUCUUUUUCACCCUCUUCUUUACUCUCUCUUUCUCACUUCUCUUUCUACUUUUUUUUUCUCCCUUCUCUCUACUUUCAUUCUUUCUCAACCUAUUCUCUACUCUCCCUUUCUCACUCCUCUCACUUUCUUCCUCCUUCCUUUCUCUUCUUUAAUUCUUUUUCCCCUCUUCUUUACUCUCUCUUUCUCACUUCUCUUUCUACUUUCUUUUUCUCCCUUCUCUCUAUUUUCUUUCUUCUCUCUACUUUCAUUCUUUCUCACCCUCUUUCUCUCUCUUCUCUCUUCUUUCUCUCUCUCAUCCAACUCUCUAUUUUCUCUCUCUCCACUCUUUAUUUCCUCCCUCUGUUUUGGUCUUUGUUAAUAAUUCUAAAUAUUUAUCCAGCAAUAUUCUUUUUCUUUAUUCCUUCCUUUUCUGUUCCUCCUGCAAUUUCAGUUUUUUUCUUUUUUUUUUUUUGGUUAAUAUAUUUUUCUUUCCUUCUCAUUCUUACAAUGAUUUUGAUUUCUUUUUUCUUUCUUUUCUUCUUCUCCAUCAUUCAGUUUUUAUCAUAA